GUUACUUUAUUUUGAAAACUAAACAGCGGAAGUGGUACGUUGAUUAUUGUCCGUCUGUGACAGGAACUUUCCCUUUCGUUCCCCCACACACAGGAAGAUGGACUGGACUGAGAACGGCAGCGAUCACAGUCACAUGCGUGACGGCUGCCACCAUGGACAUGCAAGUCAUUCACAUAGUCAUGGGCCGAGAGCAGCUGCUUUUGGCGGGAUGGCACAUCCCUUCAUGCCAGCUUUUCACGGGCCAUUUGGCAAGAGCACAGAUGAGACGAUGGAACUAACUCAGCAGCCAAAGAAACGGUCACACAUGGACGACAGCAGCAGCUGGGACAUAGUGAAGGCGACGCAGUUCGGUAUCCUUGAGCGGUGUAAGGAGCUGGUGGAUGCAGGAUAUGACAUCAGGCAGCCUGACAAAGAGAAUGUGACUCUGCUGCACUGGGCAGCCAUUAACAACCGCGCUGAGCUGGUCAAAUAUUAUAUGUCAAAAGGGGCGAUAGUUGAUCAGCUCGGUGGAGACUUGAACUCUACUCCUCUUCACUGGGCCAUAAGGCAGGGCCACCUUGCCAUGGUGAUCCAGCUGAUGAGAUAUGGAGCAGAUCCGUCCAUCGCUGAUGGAGAAGGUUACCACGCUCUCCACCUUGCCAUCCUCUUCCAGCACAUGGCCAUAGCAGCUUAUCUGAUGGCUAAAGGAGAGGAAGUUGACAGUCCUGACUGCAACGGACAAACACCACUGAUGUUAGCAGCCCAGAAGAUCAUUGGGCCUGAACCCACCAGCUUCCUCAUCAAGAAUAAUGCUUCUGUGAGCGCCGUGGACAAGGUGAACAGAAACACUCCGCUGCACUGCGCUGUGCUGGCAGGAAACGUAGAUGCCGCCCACAUCCUGCUAGAUGCUGGAGCCAGUGUGGACGCAGAUAACAUCAACGGACACACUCCCCUAGAUUUGGCCCACCAGGUUCACAGCCCACUGCUCAUUCACAUGCUAAACCGUGUCAAACAAGAGAGGAUUCGCUCCAACUCGCGCUGUCUGCGGCUCAUCAACAGAUACAAGGUGAUUCUGCAGUUUCUGUUCUGCACAGCCAUGCUUGGAAGUGUAGGUUCAACUGUUGAUAUGAACUCGGAGUCCUGGUUACUCAAAGGGAUCCUGCUGGCUUGUGUGAUGGGUGUGGCCAAUCUGGUGUCAAGGAAUUUCCCGAGUCCAGACUUUCAGUCUCUGCUGCCAGCAACAUCUCUCAUGGCUUCAGUUUUUUGGAUGCUUGUCACCUGGUGCCUGUGGUUUAUGCCAGAUGGACCGAGCACCACCGUUCAGGUUCUGUUCACUCUGAAUGCCGCUGCUCUGCUCUACUACUACUUCCGCACCUGCAGAACCGACCCUGGCUUCAUCAAGGCAACAGAAGAAGAGAAGAAAAUGAAUGUCUUGGUGUUGGCUGAAGCUGGCUGUCUGGACCCCAGAAUAUUCUGCACCUCUUGCAUGAUAAAGAAACCAAUGAGAGCGCACCACUGCUUCUCCUGUGAUGCUUGUGUGGCGAAGCAGGACCAUCACUCUGUCUGGACCAACAGCUGCAUUGGUGCGAGGAACCAUUACUACUUUGUCCUCUUCCUGUUGUCCCUUAUGCUGAUGGGAGUCUGGAUGUUCUAUGGCUGUCUCGUGUACUUGUCGACUCACUGUGCGCUGCAUUAUGAAGAGCAGGGCCUGUGGGGUGUGGUCUCUGCCCUGGUCGGCUGCUCUCCCUGGCUGCUCUGUAUCCUCCUGUUGGCAUUUUACCAUACCUGCUGGUCCUGCUUGAUCCUGCUGCUGCAGCUCUACCAGAUAGCAUUUCUGGGACUGACCACAGCAGAGCGCACAAGCCUGACGUUACACCAGAGGAAGCUUCGGCAGCCUGUCUCCUUAAGACAGAAUCCAUACAAUCUGGGUGUGGUGAGGAACUUGGUGUCCUUUUUCCAGCUGCGUUGUUGUGGCCUCUUCAAACCUGCCGUCAUCGACUGGACGCAGCAGUUUCCAGCCGGCCACGACCAGCACAUGUUGGGACAAACAGACAUGGUGUGACCUCCACAAAACCUUUCACUCAGACGUGGACCAAAAGCACAGAUUAUAUUUAUUUAUUUUUUUAUGUCUGGACUCUUUGUAAAGAAAGAGUAAAAUGGUUGCCGUUGCUGAAACACAAAAGCAACUUGUAGAUAUUGGUUCAGUCGCUCUUUGUACAGACUGCUGUCAGUGGAAUGAAAAUCACACCUUUCAUAAAUAGAAGAUAAAGGUAACUGAACCUUGAAAGAUUUAAAGUGUAAUUGAAGUUUUGAGCUGUUUCAUAUGAACAUGUCAAGCCUAUUUUUUAUCAUCAGUUCAGGAAGAAAAUAUCUUUGUACAUGUAAACAGUUUAUGACUUUUGUAAGAGUUGCAUGUGUUUAAUAAUGAAUGACCACUAUAGUACUUCAAUAAAUGUUCCUGUCUUUUCAA